CGCUGUCAAUGGAGGUGACCGGCGUGAAUCGUUCUGAGGUAACUUACUUAACCAUCUGUUGUAGCACAGGGGCGACUAUCAAUUGGACGAUGGUUGAAUGUUUGAUAGGCUACGUGUAGCAGCAAAAUGAUUUUAAUCGGGAAUAAAUGUAAUCUUUAGAACCCGGUUGAAGGUUCGUUAGGCUAUUCGCUAAGGCAGGCUAGAAGAAGAGGUAGGCUAAAUGCAGUGAGACCUGUAGCCUAGUCCUACAGUAGGUCCAUAGACAUAGGAAGACCACUACAGUGUGGACAAUGAAAGAACUGACUCUAGCACUGACUGUGUUCUGCACUGCGAUUGGGGGUACAUUACAGUAUGGCUACAACCUUUCCAUUAUCAAUGCUCCCACAGCACACAUUCAGAAAUUCAUCAACGACACAUGCUGGGAGCGCUGGUUUGUCUCGCUCGAGCAAAGUCACAUAACUCUGAUAUGGACAGUCAUUGUGUCUACCUAUUCCCUUGGGGGUCUAUUUGGAGCGUUACUUGCAGGGCCCAUGGCGGUCCGCUUCGGCCGUAAAGGUGCUCUUCUGCUGAACAAUGUCUUUCUGUUCUCAAGUGCUAUAUUUGCGCUGACCAGCCGAGCUGCUCGUUCCUUUGAGAUGAUCAUACUGGCUCGGCUGCUCGCGGGCAUCAACGCUGGCGUGAGCAUGAACGUUCAGCCCAUGUACUUCGGCGAGAGCUCACCCAAGCAUCUGCGCGGAGCGGUCACCUUCUCCUCGGCCGUCUUCACUGCUUUCGGCAUCAUGCUCGGACAGGUGAUGGGCCUGACCGAGAUACUCGGGUCAGAGCCCUGCUGGCCUUACCUGCUGGCCAGCAAUGCGCUUCCUGGGCUGUUCCAACUCCUCACGCUGCCCUGGUUCCCAGAAAGCCCGCGCUACCUGCUCAUCGACAGGGGGGACAGGGAAGCCUGUAGCCAGGCGCUUAGGAGGUUCCGGGGCUGCGCCGUCUCCGAGGAGGAGAUGGAGGAGAUGCUCCAGGAGAAGGAGCUGGCGGCGGGGGCCAAGGCUCGCUCCCUGCGGAACCUGCUGUCCGACCGGAACCUGUGGCCACAGAUCCGAAUCGUCAUGGCGGCCAGCAGCGGCAUGAUGCUUUGCGGCAACGACGCCAUCUACUUCUACGCCUCCUCCAUCUUCCAGGAGGCCGGCAUUCCCGCAGGCAGGAUCCAGUACGUGGCGAUCGGCACGGGCGCCUGCGAGCUGACCGCUGCCGUCGUGUGCAACCUCCUCAUAGAGCGGGCGGGCCGGCGGCGGCUUCUCAUGGGCGGCUACGCGCUGAUGUCGUGUUGGGCCGUGGUCUUCACCACGGCCCUCUGCCUGAAGGGCACCGUGCCGGGCAUGCCGUACCUGAGCAUGGUGUGCAUCUUCGCCUACAUCCUCAGCUUCGGCAUGGGCCCCGCCGGGGUGACCGGCGUGCUGCCCUCCGAGCUCUUCGACCAGCUGGCACGGCCCUCGGCCUACAUGGUGGCCGGCUCGCUGAUGUGGCUCAACCUCUUCGUGGUGGGCACGGCCUUCCCGUUCAUCGUGAGCAGCCUCGGGCAGUUCUGCUUCGUGCCCUUCUGUGGCGUCUGUGUGGCGACCUGUGCUUUCAUGGGCUGGAACCUUCCGGAAACUAAGGGCAGGUCUCUGGCCGAGAUCACCGCUGACUUUGAUAAGCGUAACCAGAAAGAUGAGGGGUCAAAGGUUAAAGGUGAACAAGGCCUGUCAAAUCAAGAAGAGGCUCUUGAACUAAGUGUGAAGUCUGAGGAAGAGCCAGUGGACGUAAGUCAUGUACUGUGUGAGGGUUGACUCCCUCUUGGAAUCCUGUUGUGUGUUUGUGAAGGCAAUCAUUUGCUACAGUCCUUUCCCUAAAUGGCUGCGUUUAUGCAAAUAGGAAUAAUUGCUGAAUGACCUAAAGGCUGCUUGAAUUGUUCUUUGAAGUUCAUUAUAUUUUCAUAUCCAAGUAAGGCUUGUUUUUAAUUGUAUUUAUUGAUGUAUGUACUGUAUAUUAAUGGGGAUAUAGGCUAUCUCAGGUGGUUGGAUUUUGUACUGUGUUUAUUUGGUUUUCUUUUUUUUAUAGGCCUAUAAUUAAUUAUUCAACCCUUUUAUGCAAAUCCCAAAUGCAUUGCCGAAUCACCAGUAUUUUUAUGUCAUUGUUUUUAAUUGUAUUUUCUCCAAGUAAAUGUAUAUUAUUUUAUUCAAUAUGUAUACUGAUUGUAUUAUUCCUGCAUGUAAUAACCAAAUAGUACUGUGUUUCUCAGUCUACUGAAUCCAUGAAUGCUGCUUGAUGCUGUGCCUUAACACCAAAGCCAUUUUACUUGAAUGCAAAGUUUAUAAAGCCUGAAUAGAUCUGUAGGCAGCUGGUGGCACGAUUGCACUAUUAAGGGCCGUUCACACCAAGAAUGAUAACUAUAAAAAAAAAUAUCACUCUCGCGUUAAUAUGAAUGAUGAAGUUCACACACAAACUAGAAAUGAUAGCGACAUGAAGAACGAUAUCAUUGGGGAUCACUUUCGGACCGAUUUUUAGAACAAUAAAAUGCGAACAACCAGUCAGAACCCAUCCAAUUUUAGCCAUCACAGUCUUUAACAAGCAGAGAAACGUUCUUAUCGUUGGUCAGUGUGGACGCUUUAAUCGAUAUUGUUAUCAUUCUUGGUGUGAAUGCCCCUUUAGACUGAAUACCAAAUUAAAGGGAUAUAUUGCACUUGUUAUGACGUGUUAAUGCACUGUACAUGUGUUGUUAAGAGUAAAUCAAGUUUUGCUCAUCUGAUGAUCUCAUUAAGCAAACAGCUUUACCCUCAAAAUGCUAAGAGAGCAGUAUUGAGGCAAGAUGAAUGAGAGGUACCUGUUGUGACUGCGAGGCCAUUGAAGCAUUGAGUGAUGUUGACGAGAUUUGUAUUAGCCAGGACAUUUAAAUGAAUGGACAAAGUGCAAAGUCUAUCAAUAAACAAUAAGUUCUCAUGCAUUAACUAUUUUAUGGCAUAUUCCACUAAGCUGGUUCAUCAAUGUGCUCAAUUAAGGUCUUGCACGUGGUGCUAAGUUAAUAAACUAGAUUGGAGCUGCGGUCCAAUAGCGUCUGUACCACUCCUGGGUAACCAUGGGGACCAGGGAUGGAAACCAACUCAACAUCACCUCCCAUCACAUCCCUCUCUUCCACUUGCUUCCUGUCAAUUUUCACCAUCCUGCCUGAACCGCGGGCAAAACAGCCCAAAGAUACUUUAAGAAAGUUAUUACAUUAGUUCAGACUUCAGACUUUGCACAUUGCCUAUUAUUCACAUUAUGGGCCGUUGUGUCUCCCCCUGCUGGUAUUACUGUGUACUGCACUG